GUUACAAGAUGUGUGAUACUAUUUUGAUUCUGAUAAGGUCCAGUACUAGUAAACUAUAGUUCGGUUCAAACUAGUUUGUCUACUUGUCAUAUAUAUGAAAUUUGGGUGUAUUUCUGUGAUUUGUGUGAUUGAUAGGAUAUCCUGAGAACUGUCAGUCUGUCACCACUCAACCUAGAUGAACCAUGUUUAAUGAGGCUUGUCUGGUUUGUCAGUACUUGUCUGAUACAAUGCACUUUGAUUGAUUAACUCUCAGUUGUGCAUCAUUGCGUUCAUGCCGCCAGCUGUCAGUGAACUGUUACAAUCUCGUAGUUUUUGGUCGGCGGAUCAUGGUAGAUGCUUCAGAUCACAGUGACAUGGUUGACUUGCAUAGAGUAUCGAUCCCAAACUUUAAAUUUUUUUUGUCAGUGGUAAAGCUGCUGCCUUGUGACCAUGAGGUCACGGGUUCAAGUCCUGGAAACAGCCUCUUGCAGAAAUGUAGGGAAAGGCUGCGUACAAUAGACCCAAAGUGGUCGGACCCUUCCCCAGACCCAGCGCAAGCGGGAGCUACAUGCACUGGGGCUGCCCUUUUUUUUUUAAUCUCACGUAGUGCUGUGGUUAACUGUAUGUCAACCCAUUAAAUCUUUUGGAUGAUAAUGCUUGAUGUGAACAGCCUGAAAUCAGGGGCCUCAUGUGCUCCAUGAUGCCAUCUGUCUGAUGAAAGAUGUGUCUUGUCAUGCAGGCAGUGUAGUCUGAGUUCGUAUAUUUUUCUAAUGCAAACCCACAAUAGGUGCCUUCGGAGUUGAAGGACUCCAAUAGUAAGCAAUGUGCGGAGUUGAAGGACUCUGAUAGUAAGCAAUGUGCCACAAACUCGGUAUAUUGCAUCAGUUUUCCUGUAGAUUAUAUUUUUCAGGUCCUAAAUCUGUACCAUCUUCAUUUGAGUGCAUGUACCACAUCACAUGAUUGACAUUUAGCCUUGUAGUUCUUACGUUUACCAGAAGCAACAGCUGAAUUGCGUUUCUCUCGAGUUGACCUAAUUGCUUCUGUUCUUUUGAUGUUUACGCAGGAGCAGCGGCUCGUGCAUGGACAGCUAACGCCUGUACGCUUCUGAAUAUGAGCCAGUAAAAUACCCCGGAAAGAAAUAAAAGUUGUGCAGCUCCCAAGAUCGAUGAGCAGUACCAAUCCCCCUUCCGCGACCAGCCAUGUUGCCAUCGCACGCCAUCCGCUGGAGCAUGGAUGCGGGCUCUCUGAAUGGCAGUCCAGAUGCAGAGGAACCGACUCCAUGAGUUUAAAAAAGGGGCUUCUUCAGGCAUCAGCUUCUCCAUCCAUCCCCUUCUGCCGCCGCUGCCCGAUGUCGACGACGGCCCAGGAGCCGCCGCACGUCCUGGCGGUGGACGACAGCCUCGUCGACCGCGUUGUCAUCUCCAGGCUCCUCCGCAGCUCCAAGUACAGAGUGACGACGGUGGACAGCGGGAAGAAGGCGCUGGAGGUGCUGAGCCUGGGCCGCGAGAGCGUGCAGCUGAUCAUCACGGACUACUGCAUGCCGGAGAUGACCGGCUACGACCUGCUCAAGCGGGUCAAGGAGUCGGCGGAGCUGCGCGGCAUCCCGGUGGUGAUCAUGUCGUCGGAGAACUCCCCCGCCAGGAUCCGCCGGUGCCUCGACGAGGGCGCGGAGGAGUUCCUCAUCAAGCCCGUGCGCCCCUCCGACGUCUCCCGCCUCUGCACCCGGGCCAUCGCCGCCAUGCCCAUGCGGUAGCAACGGCCGGUCGGUGCCGUGCUGCUGAUCGGUGCUAGUCUGCUAGCUUGCUAAUCCAAUCCUCCCUCCCUCCCUCCUCUGUUGAGUUCUCACUGACGAGAUAAUCCCAUGUACAUGCGUCUGCUGCAGGGUUGCAUUCCAAUUCCAUGGUGAAAUCGAAACUGAAUGAAUUCCAUGGCAACCCACGGAAUGUAUGUAUGUAUUCCUUUACUUGCCAAUGUAUGAAAUCCACCAAUAACUGCGAAACAGUAAAGCGGCAGGCCAGCAAUCAAUUCAAAGAAUCUGGUUGAGCAAUUUUUGGAAUUGGUUUACAAAGUAUUUUUAAAUUUGGAAGAGCUAGAAUGAAAAAACAAGUACACACAUACUCCCUCCGUUCCAAAAUAGAUGACCCAACUUUGUACUAACUUUGCACUAAAGUUGAGUCAUCUAUUUUAGAACGGAGGGAGUAGCAUUUUGAUAUUAUUACCAUCCAAAACCACCUUUUUUUUCCUUUUUCUUUUUGCGGGCAUGCUCUAAAACCACUUGAAUGCAAUUCAGGAACUAAAUUUGCUUUAGGCUUCGUUCGGUUACACCCCCUCCACAGGGGAUUGGGGUGGAUUGGAGGGGAUUUUGACUUGUAGAGGGUGCAAUCUCUGCCAAUCCCUGCCAAACCCCUCCAUUUUCCCUGUCAACCGAACAAGCCCUUAGGAGGGAUGACCCUAUGCCAAGCCUAACCUACAAUUAAGGGGUGUAAUUAAGCCCUAGGUAGGUUUGAUGCCACGCUUCCGUCCAUAGCGAGGCUUUUGUGGUGACUUUGUUAAUCUUCAAGUUUUGGAACUUGAGGUUGCGAUGUGUGGCUAUGUCUAUAUCUGUACUCCGGUUCCUCAAAAGCUAAAUAAAGCAUGUACUAGCUCUUUGCUUUAUAGGAAAAAAUUCUAACAUUCACAAUACGAAAUCAAUAUCAUUAAUAUGUGCCAUUAAUUUGAUUUCAAUAGAUAUGAUCAAAUUUUAUGAAGUUUGACUUUAGACAAAUCUUAUAUGCGGAGUAAAAAUGACAGUAAAUCCAAGGAAAUCAAAAGACAAUAUUAGAGGCUCAAUGUAAUCCAGUAACAAUAACAACGGUUUGGUUAUUUCUCUUUUUUUUAAUGGUUUGGUUGUUUCUUGUGUGACCGAGAAACACUUAUCUCCAUGUCAUUGUUAAUAGCCGUCGGAUCUAAAUAUGGGAUUCGUGCAAGUAUAUAUAUAACCAACCGAUCUAAACACGGGAUUCGUGCAAGUAUAGAAAAUUUGAAGUGCAUUUCCAUAAGGACAACUUUUUUAUUGGAGGGAGUACAGUUUGAGGCUCAGCAACGGAGUAAAAGAACACAACUACGUAUUUACUACUCCCUCCGUUCCUAAAUAUUUGUUUUUCUAAUGAUUUCAACAAGUGACUACAUAGGGAGCAAAAUGAGUGAAUCUGCACUUUAAAUAUGUCUAUAUACAUCCGUAUGUGGUAGUUUAUUUAAAUUUAAAAUCUCUAAAAAGACAAAUAUUUAGGAAUGGAGGGAGUAGUGGAUUGAGCUAUGAAUGUUUGUGUUUUCUAAAAAAAAGAGAAGAAGAAGAGAGAGCUAUGAACAUUUGC